AUGGCCAGCUCCAAGCAGCUGUCCCGGUUUUGGGAGUGGGGCAGGAACAUCGUGUGCGUGGGGCGCAACUACGCGGAGCACGCCAAGGAGAUGGGCAGCGCCCUGCCCGCUGAGCCGCUCUUCUUCCUCAAGCCUUCCUCGGCCUACGUGCGGGAGGGAUCGCCCAUCGUGCGGCCCUACUACUGCCGGAACCUGCACCACGAGGUGGAGCUGGGGGUGGUGAUCGGCCGCAGGGCCCGGGCCGUGCCGCAGGACGCGGCCAUGCAGCACGUGGCGGGCUAUGCCCUGUGCCUGGACAUGACGGCCCGCGACACGCAGGAGCAGUGCAAAAAGAACGGGCUGCCCUGGACUUUGGCCAAAGGGUUCGGCUCGUCCUGCCCGGUCAGUGACUUCGUGCCCAAGGAGAAGAUCCCGGACCCGCACAAGCUGCAGAUAUGGCUGAAGGUGAACGGGAAGCUGAGGCAGGAGGGGGACACCUCCUCCAUGAUCUUCUCCAUCCCUUACCUGAUCAGCUACAUCAGCCACAUAUUCACCUUGGAAGAAGGAGACUUGAUUCUCACCGGGUCUCCCAAAGGAGUCGGGGCCGUGGAGGCCAACGAUGAGAUCGAGGCAGGGAUCAGGGACGUGGUGACCAUGAAGUUCACGGUGGCACAGGGCGCGGAACCCGGGAGCCCAAAAGGGGUUUGAUUUCCAUUUCCUCCAUUUCCAUGAAGGCUUCAGCAAACCCGGAGUCCAGCCCAGCCAGAAGCUCCAAAUUCCAAAAUUUACUUCCAAAACCAUACCUGGCAGUGGAGACACUGGGGAGGGGAAUGUCCUUCUGUGUGUGCUUCUCUUCUGCUGAUGCUUUGAGUUUUGCCAGUGUGUUGCCUUAAAAUAAAAAUUACUGAUCAAAACAAUACAAAGGAUGACAUAGGAGCUAAGACUCAGCCCUGCUGUGGGAAAUCAAAGGUGUAUGUGUAGAUGUGCAACCCUAAAUCAAGAAUUGCAGCUUCACAAAGAGUUUCCUCUACAAGAGAAAGAUGUUUGAUUUUUUCGAUUAGUUUUGUGAUUCCUCCCUGCUUUUUUUCGAACAUACAAAUUAAAGGAGGAUGGCUUUUCCUCCCACUCCAAGGGGUGAAGUGUGCCAGAUGUUUGGCAGAUUGGUUUUUUCCUAAACUGGGUUUUAAAUAUGUUCAAAAAAUGAAAUAAUGCAGAAGGAUCAAGAAUAAAGAAGCAUAUGUGUAAAGAUCACCACCAAA